AUGAACGCAUUCCGUGCUCUCAUGCUGCUUCUCGCACUAUUCGUUUCAACGACUUCUUCGUUCCCAACUCUCAUUGUCAAUCGGGAGUCUCGUGCUCUUGCACCAUCCGUCGAGUCGUGGUGUAUUUUUUAUCCGGAGAAAUGCCGUAUGCUUCGAUUCGGCGGAACACACAAGAGAGACAUUCUCGAGGACAUUGACUAUUGA